UCUCUCUCUCUCUCUCCCUUCCUCCCUCUUUCCCCUCCCUUUUUCUCUCUGCAUCUAUUUAUUUCCUCCGCAACCAAUUUCUCAGACUGCAGAAAACUUCUCCUCCCUGUCAAAACACAAGCACCCAAAAUGGAGAUAGAGGUGAUGAUACCCUCACCGGCGGUGGACUUCAACUUCGACAGUGCAUGCACAUCUCCGUACAUAAGCGCCCCUUCAAGCCCUCAACGCUUCGGCAACUCUUUCUUCAGCGCCCCAACCAGCCCCACCCGCGCCUCCUCCUUCUACCGCGAAUUCAACAACUUCUGCAACUCCGACGCCGCCGCCACUGAUAAUUCUUUGUCGGAGAUUCCGUUCAAUUGGGAAGAAAAGCCCGGAAUUCCCAAAACAGAAGGGACCAAAAAUAUCAACCACGAUGACGAUACAGAAUUCGCAUUUGAUUUCAGUGGACAUUUGGAGAGAACUUCCCUUUCCGCCGAUGAACUCUUUGAUGGCGGCAAGAUCAAGCCUCUCAAACCACCGCCCCGCUUACAAUACUCCGAUAAUGGAAUGGUUGAUUCUCCGAAGUCACCUCGAUCGCACAAGAACAUGUUCAGAGAAGCUUUGUCCCCGCGACACAGAAGGAAAGAUUUUGAUCCUUUCGCUGCGGCAAUAGAACAAACACGUAGAGAGCAUAGUCAAGAACACACAAAUAAACAACGUGGAAGAGAAAGAACUCACAAUUCAUCAGGUACCGCCACUAUUCGACACAAAGCAACAAGAUCUUUAUCACCAUUUAGGGUUUCCGACAUAUUAUUCGAUCAAGAAACCAAUCAACAGAGCCCAAAGAAUUCUUCUUCAUCAUCAACAUCUGGGUCGGCGGCAUGGUACAGAAAAUGGAAUCUAAAGGACUUUUUGCUGUUCCGGAGUGCAUCAGAGGGACGAGCCACUGACAAGAACUUGAAGAAUUACGAUUUGUUAAAGAAGAAUCACCAUGAGGAUGUGAACUCAAGUUUUAGGUCUACAGGGAGUUCAGGCUCAGUGUCGAGCUCGAGAAGGAGAGUGCCGGUUUCGGCUCACGAGUUGCAUUACAAGGUAAACCGGACGGUGUCGGAGCAGAUGAGGAAGAAGACUUUCUUGCCUUACAGGCAGGGCUUAUUGGGUUGCUUGGGGUUCAACCCUGGGGGUUAUGAGAUUUCUAAGGGGCUUGGUUCUUUGGCUAGGGGAUGAUCCAGGUUUCUCAUUCUGUAUCCAUUUGUAUUUUUUGUUCUUUUUUUCCGAUAGUGAGAAAACCAAAAAACCACAUAAAAUUUCUAGUACAUGUAAUGGAUCACAGCUAUUUUUUUCUUUUCUGUUUUUUUUUUUAAAUAUUACAG